GUCACCAUCACCACACCCAAUCACUACCUUCGAUUUCAACUCCCUACUUUCCACUCCCGGUAUUCAACAAACCACCACCUUUGCAGGAUCCGCCAUGGCCGACCAGACGAAGACUGCUCCGGUUGAUGAGUACCGUGUUAUGUGGACCACCAACAAAACCCAGAAAAUCAAGAAAUGGCACGACGGAUUCCUCCGCUACCAUUCAUUCAAUAGGCGCAUGCUGGUCUAUGAUGAUGGCCGACACCUCGUGGCCGAUAUGUACCUCCGCGAUCGGGAAUUUCUGGGUGAAGGGGACGAGCUCGAGUUUGAGCAUCACCUUGUUUCCAUUGAGGACUUUCAUGGUUCGGUAAAUCAAGAUCUUACACCAAUCUUCUCGCCGGCUCUACAACGGAAACAAGCUGCCGUUACGGCAGCAUCUACAGUUCAGACACCUACACCGAACCGACGGAGGGAACCGGUGGGGGCUUCGAGAGGUGGAAUAGCCGGUGCGCAGAGUGCUAGACAGCAACGACCUGCAACUCGAGAACCAUUUACGCCUACAACCGUACAGGGAGAGAGCAGAGAUGUACUAGGGAAUGGGCACAUGACCACACCUAGUCGACCAGCCCAAGCUCCGACCACAGUCCCGAGGAUGAACGGACAAGGAAAAAGGAACGGAGUGACGAGUUUAAAUACUCCAGGUCGACAGGAUUAUCCACCUGUAGCAGGACCGGGAAGAGGUGGACAAGUGAAUAGAAAUAUGGGGGUGGAUAUGCCUGGCCCGCAGGCUCGUGCGCCGAUACCGGCUUAUAGGGGAAACGGACAAGUUAAUGGAAAUAUGAAUACAAAUCCACCAGUCCGAAAUUCACAUCCGACUCGACAGCAUAUUGUUUACCAACCUCAAGCUAAUGAACAACCGAUUAAUUUUGGGCGCACUGGAUCACCAGCUCCACAGCGAGCUCCUCCACCAGCCCCUCCGCAACCGGCACUAUGCCACCAAAACCACAACACACGCUCCCACGGUCGAGCUCCUCCUUUAGUCACAGAAGUGGCACAAACGAAUGCGCAAUUGCCUACCCGGCGCCCACCCCCGCCCCAACGUCCCCAACACCAGCCAAGGAACAAGGUACUAGAGAGAGGGCGCCCUGUAACUACUAGCCGUCAGAUGCCUGCUCAGGUCAAUAGGUCAGGGAGCGUUACCCAAAUAUCGCCACCUAUGCCCCAGGGACGUCCGGUAUCCCGAGCUAAUCAAAACUAUCCAGUAUCUCAACAAACUGAACCCCCAGCACAGCAAAGGCACAGCCCCCCAGCUCCUCGGCCAGGAGGUCGUCCACCUCCUGUCACACACAGGGUUCCUAGCCCAGUUCCUGCACCACCUCCCGCACCGGCCCAAGCACCACCUGACGAACCUGCCCCUACAGCACUAGCAACAUUAAGCAAAAUAAGACAAUUCAGCGCACCAUCUCGUGCCCGCCCACCCCGACAACCAACCGCACCACCGCCACCACCACAGAGAUCCCCAGAAUCUAUCCAAGUCCCAAGCUCGGCCGCCGAACCCCCACCCCACAUAUCCAGAUCUCCCUCCCCACGUGAUAGACCACCGCCGCCACCACCCCUUCCCCAAAACCAAACCUCAAUUCCCAACUCCAGAUCUCCAUCACCCACCCAUAACCCAAUAAACCGCCCACCAAAGCGACCCUCAACCGUCAACGACGCAAACCAACCCCCGACCAAACGCACAACCCAAUUCCAAUCCGCUAGGAGAUUAGUCGAACAAGAACAAGAUGAGAUCCACGAUGUAGAUGAUAGCGACGACAACAACGUGGCAGGACCCAUUCGUCAGGGCCCUGGGGUGAUAAAGUUGUCUUCCACCUCUGGCCCGAAGAAGAAGAUGCUGCUGUGUGCUCGGCCGCCGACGUUCAAGUUCCCGCCAAAGCGGCCGGAGGGGGGUGGGGAUGGAAAUGGGGACGAGAAUAGGGAGAGACCGAAAACUAUAAUUGACGAAGAGGAUUAUGAUGAGUGGGAUGAUGAGAUUAUGAGUAUGUAUUAGAUAGAGGUGCAUUGUGGAUGAUGGGAUGGUUUGGCAGUGGGUUGCGGUGCAUGGAGGGGCUUUCCUCUUUUUACUUUUCCACUUUUGCUGCUGCUCGGGAAAUGUAUCGUGCCAUACUGUAGAUUGGCUAGCGUUUUCGAGAUUUUAUCAUACUUGACU